AGAGUUUUGCCUCCGUUUCUGUUCCGAUUCCCAUGAAACCAAGCGUACGGCACGAGAUGUCUCCUGUUCAUCAUCUUGGCUUCUGGUCCUCUGUCUGCUUCUUGUUCUUCUUCUGAUUCUCUUUAUGUCAGUGGCAGGAGCUGUGCUUGCCCACCUGCCCGCUUCAAGAGCUCUGCAACAGCGCCUCUUCGCUCUGCUCCUGAGCUGCGACGGCCUCAGAAGCCUCACUCGAAUCCACGCCCAAAUCAUCGUCAACGGGCUCGCCGACAAGAACUUCAUCCUCGCAAAGCUGCUGUCUUUCUACAUCAGCUCCGGCUCGCUCUCGUUUGCCCUGAAAGUUUUCGAGAACAUCGGGACUCCGAGCACAGCCGUGUGGAAUCAAUUGAUCAGGGGCCAUGGGGACAGCCCGAUGCCCCACAGGGCAGUUGAGCUGUACGAGAAGAUGGUUGCCGCUGGGGCUGGGCCUGGGCCUGACGAGUAUACUUACUCUUAUCUCUUGAGUGCUUGUGUGAGGUCGGGGGGAUUGUUUCGAGUCGGGGAGCAGCUCCACGGGAGAGUUCUGAGAAAUGGGUAUUGCUCCAAUGUGUGUAUCAGGACAAUCUUGGUCAGGCUGUAUGAUUUGCAUGGGGGAGAUGAUGGAAUCACGAGCGGUCGCAAGGUGUUCGAUGAAAUGGGUGAUAGAAAUGUCAUGUUGUGGAACACGUUGCUGGCCGGAUAUGUUAGGCGCGGGGACAUAGAUACUGCAUGGAGAGUCUUCCACAAGAUGCCCGAGAAGAAUGUUGUCUCGUGGACAACUGUAAUUUCGGGUUGUGCAAAGAACGGAAAUUGCAGGAAGGCACUGUCCUUGUUCUCUAAGAUGCAGAUGGCUGGUGUAGAACUGGACCAAGUGGCUCUCAUAGCGGUCUUAUCGGCUUGUGCUGAAUUGGGAGACUUGAGGCUCGGGAAGUGGAUCCACUCGUAUGUUGUGGAAAAAUUUUGUGCUAAGAAUCAGCCCGUGUUGGUUUCUUUGAACAAUGCGGUCAUACAUAUGUAUGCAAGCUGCGGUUUGAUAGACCGAGCUUAUGAAGUCUUCAGGCUCAUGCCACGUAGAAGCACUGUUUCUUGGACGACCAUGAUUACUGGAUUUGCAAAGCAGGGCCUCGCCGAGGAAGCUCUUGCGACAUUUCACUUGAUGCUGAGCUUGGGAAAGGAGGAUGAAAAACCGGAUGAGGUUACCUUCCUCGGGGUUCUUGGAGCUUGCAGCCAUGGUGGCCUUGUCGAUGAGGGUCGAAACCUCUUCAAGUCCAUGAAGCAGAGCUGGGGAAUCGACCCUAGGAUCGAGCACUUUGGGUCCAUGGUGGACCUAUUGAGCCGUUCGGGCCACUUAGAUGAAGCUCAUAAACUCAUACAAUCAAUGCCAAUGGAACCAAAUGAUGUUGUUUGGGGUGCUUUGCUGGGUGGUUGUAGGAUUCACAAGAAACCUGAGCUCGCUUCCCUCGUGGCCCGGAAAUUGGUUCAUGAGCUCAGCCCUGACAUAGCUGCUGGCUACCUUUCAAUGCUGUCAGAUAUUUAUGCUAUUGCUAAGAGAUGGAAAGAGGUUGCUGAUAUUAGACAGAUGAUGGCUGAGAUCGGGGUGAGAAAGCCUGCAGGACGAAGUUGGGUUCAAGUGAAUGGGAUGGUUCACGAAUUUGUGGCGGGUGAUUGGACCAAUAAGCAUUCAUCUUUAAUUUACGAUGUGCUAGGUGUGCUCAUUCAGCAAUUGAAGCAGGAAAGCGAGCAUCUAAAUUUUGAGGACAUGUUCUUCUCUGCUUUAGAAUAGAAAAGAUGGUAAGGGUUUCCCACUUGGCUGAAUUUUGGAGACCCCUGCCAUUCGGUGGGCAGCUUAGGGUUAGUCGUGCCAUUAGUGAUCAACUGAUGGGUUCCUCAUCCAUCCAUUAGAACAUCGAUAUGUUAUUAUUAAAUCAGAGAGUCAGUUCUGACAAUUGUCUCGAACUCUUGGAAGAUACCUUCCAUAAGAACAUGGAUGGUGCUACUUGAGGCUUGGCCGCUGUUUUGAUCUUUGCUGCCCCUCUUGCACAGAAAUACCUCAAUAUCAUUCUUGGCUGUUGAGAUGUAGAUGAACCAGAUAAGUUCAUUGCCUGUGACAUUUGUUUGGGUUUGAUUUUUCUUGGCCUUGUGAAUUAAUUUUAUACGAAUUAGUUGCUUCUUCAAUGGAAAUUUCAUCUCACUAUUGCAUUU